CCUCCAACAAGGCUGGCAACUCAACGAAGAGGCCAAUGGUAUCAGGAAAUAUUUUCGCUUUAACACGUAUACUAAAGUGAUGGACUACGCAAACUGCAUCGCCAUUAAAAGCAAACGCGCAAACCACCACUCGGAGCUAACACUGAAAGCCCGCUCAGCCACCGUCCUCUGGACAACGCACGUCCCCAAAGGACUGUCCAUGAAAGACCUGCGGAUGGCGGAGUUCUGUGAGAUGGCUGCUAGGGAGAUGGUGCUUGCUGUUGAGGGGGGUCAGGAGGGGGAGGAGCGUGGGCCUUGUGGGGGGGGUUGAGAUUGGAUUUCUGGUAUUGUUGGUUGAUUAUAGUUCUUAUGGUUCAGUUUGUGUAUAUACUGUUGAAAGGUUGAUGCAUGAUGCGGGCCAUAU